AUGAUUGUGGACUUCAGGAAGAGCACUGUCCCCCCGCCCCCACCCUCCGUGAUGGACUCCCCCAUCACCUCUGUGGAGUCCUUCCGUUUCCUGGGCACCACCAUCACCCAGGACCUCAAGUGGGAGCCGACCAUCAGCUCCCUCAUCAAGAAGGCCCAGCAGAGGAUGUACUUCCUGCGGCAGCUCAGGAAAGCCAAGCUGCCUGCACAGAUGUUGGUGCAGUUCUACACGGCCAUCAUCGAGUCCAUCCUCACCUCCUCAAUCACCGUGUGGUUCGCUGGAGCCACAGUCAUGGACAAACAGAGACUACAGCGCAUUGUGCGCUCUGCAGAGGAAGUGAUCGGCCGCAGCCUUCCAUCGCUGCAGGACCUCCACGACUCCGUGAAGCUGAUCAAGUUCGCGGACGACACCACCCUCAUUGGACUCAUCUCCAACAACGAUGAGUCCGCCUACAGGAGGGAGGUGGACCGGCUGGUGUCCUGGUGCAGUGGUAACAACCUGGAGCUGAACGCCCAGAAGACAGUGGAGAUGAUUGUGGACUUCAGGAAGAGCACUGUCCCCCCACCCCCACCCUCCGUGAUGGACUCCCCCAUCACCUCUGUGGAGUCCUUCCGUUUCCUGGGCACCACCAUCACCCAGGACCUCAAGUGGGAGCCGACCAUCAGCUCCCUCAUCAAGAAGGCCCAGCAGAGGAUGUACUUCCUGCGGCAGCUCAGGAAAGCCAAGCUGCCUGCACAGAUGUUGGUGCAGUUCUACACGGCCAUCAUCGAGUCCAUCCUCACCUCCUCCGUCACCGUGUGGUUCGCUGGAGCCACAGUCAGGGACAAACAGAGACUACAGCGCAUUGUGCGCUCUGCAGAGGAAGUGAUCGGCCGCAGCCUUCCAUCGCUGCAGGACCUCUACAUCUUCCGACUGAGCUGCACGCGGCUGGGGCAGUGGGCCAUCGGCUAUGUGACCAACGACGGCAACAUCCUGCAGACCAUCCCCCACAACAAGCCUCUGUUCCAGGCUCUCAUCGACGGCUACAGAGAGGGCUUCUACUUGUUCCCUGAUGGCCGCAGUUAUAACCCGGACCUGACAGGACUGUGUGAACCCACGCCUCACGAUCACAUCAAAGUCACACAGGAGCAGUAUGAGUUGUACUGUGAGAUGGGCUCCACGUUCCAGUUGUGUAAGAUCUGUGCGGAGAACGACAAAGACGUGAAGAUUGAGCCGUGUGGCCACCUCAUGUGCACGUCCUGUCUCACGGCCUGGCAGGCUGAGUUUUCGGAGGUGAAUCUCGUGGCUCACUCCAACGGCACCUGUACCAUCGACAUGCAGGUGGUCCGAGGAGGCACUCGAGUGGUCAGAUCCUUCAGACCAGACUUUGUGCUGGUCCGGCAGCAUGCCUUCAGCAUGGCUCAGAACGAGGACUUCAGGAACCUCAUCAUCGGGCUGCAGUACGCCGGGGUCCAUUCGGUCAACUCCCUGGACUCCAUUUACAACUUGUGUGACAAACCCUGGGCUUUCUCUCAACUUAUCGCCUGCCAGAAGAAGAUGGGUCCCGACAGGUUCCCUCUCAUCGUCCAGACUUUCUACCCCAACUACAGAGACAUGGUCAGUGUGGAGGAGCUUUGGUUGUGA